GCUCUCUCUCUCUCUCGAUUGGAAGAAGGAGAGCUGCUAGAAGACCUUAUCAUUCAAAUCCAUAUCCUCGUCCAUUCUCUCUCUCUCUCUCUCUCUCUCUCGAUUGGAAGAAGGAGAGCUGCUAGAAGACCUCCUUAUCAUUCAGAUCCAGAUCCAGAUCGAAAUCCAUUCUCUCUCUCUCUCUCGAUUGGAAGAAGGAGAGCUGCUAGAAGACCUUAUCAUUCAGAUCCAGAUCCAAAUCCAUUCUCUCUCUCUCUCUCUCUCUAUUGGAAGAAGGAAAGCUGCUAGAAGACCUCCUUAUCAUUCAGAUCCAGAUCCAAAUCAGUUCAAGAGUAUUGCAUUGUUCAAAGUUGGAUACAAGUGAUGGAUAAGAGUUGGAUGCAAAAGUCAAGGGUGAGCUUGGAAUAUGUUAAGGGCAUGAAGGAAUUCAUUGAGUUUGCAUUCAACAAUGCUGCUAGCGAGGGGAAGAUCUUAUGUCCAUGUGUAAAGUGCGCCAACCUCUUUUGGCGUGCUCAUAAAGAAGUGGUAGAUCAUCUUGUGUGUGAGGGAAUUAUGCCGAAUUACACCCGUUGGGUGUUCCAUGGGGAGGCGUCUUCUUCAUCGACUUCCGGCCCUGCAACUAGUACACAUGAUGAUAUGCCUCCACGUGAUGACAUGCAUGGAUUGUUGCAUGAUGUGUUUGGAAUAUCAGGUGUGGAUGACAUGCCAACUGAGUUGCCAUCACAGGAGCCAAUACAAGAGGAACCGAAUCCUGAAGCUGAAAGAUUCUUCAAGUUGUUGCAAGAUGCCGAACAAGCCUUGUACCAUUUUAGUUCUGUUGGUCAGGUAUAG